AUGGGCCUCUUGAUCGGCCUGGGACUCGCUGUCGGCGCGGUGUCUGCUCGCUUCGGCCCCAUCGGCCUCUUUAUUGCCUCUCUGGCAAUGUUCCAUCUGAUGGAGUACAUCAGCACCGCAAUGUAUCGACGGGACGUUACGCUCCAGUCUUUCCUGUUCAACCACAGCCCUCAGUAUCACUUUGCCAUGAGUGCAUGUGUGGUAGAAUUCGUCAUAGAGUCGUUUUUCUGGCCCAACAUGAAGCGUAUGGGUAUGAUGAAUCUCCUCGGCUUCGUCAUCGUGGUGUCGAUGCAGAUCAUCAGGUCGGCCGCGAUGAUCACCGCCGGAUCCAACUUUACCCAUCUGAUCGCCGAGCGACGAGAAAAGAACCAUGUCCUCAUCACCAACGGCGUCUACAGUGUCUUCCGUCACCCGUCGUACACAUCCUUCUUCUACUGGGGCAUCGGCAUGACCGUCAUGCUCUGGAACCCCAUCUGCUUUGUGGGCUUUAUUGCGGCCCUCUGGACCUUCUUCAACAACCGCAUCCGAUAUGAGGAGGGCGUCAUGUCGCAACCUGAGUUUUUCGGCGAGGCUUACCGCCAGUAUCGCCAGCGAACGUUCACCUUUAUACCGCUCAUCCCGUAA